UACGUAGUGCGCAUGCGCACCAUGAACGGCCUCUUUUUUCCAGCUGGGCGGAAUUCGCCUGCCCUAGAAAAUCGCCUGGUCCCGGGUGACAGAGGGUGAAAUCCGCUCAAAAUGGGAUUUGUUAAAGUUGUGAAGAGCAAGGCAUACUUCAAGCGAUACCAAGUGAAGUUCAGGAGGAGGAGAGAGGGAAAGACCGAUUACUUUGCACGAAAACGCUUGGUGGUACAAGACAAAAACAAGUACAAUACUCCCAAAUAUCGGAUGAUUGUACGAUUCACCAACCGGGACAUCAUAUGCCAGAUUGCAUAUGCAAAGAUUGAGGGCGAUGUAAUUGUAUGUGCUGCAUAUGGCCAUGAAUUACCCAAGUAUGGCAUCAAAGUUGGACUUACAAACUAUGCUGCAUCCUAUUGCACUGGUCUACUUCUUGCCCGUAGGCUACUCAACAAAUUUGGGCUGGACAAGAUCUAUGAGGGUCAGGUGGAUGUAACUGGUGAUGAAUACAAUGUGGAAAGUAUCGAUGGGAAACCCAGUGUCUUCACCUGCUAUCUUGAUGCCGGGCUUGCCAGAACCACCACAGGCAACAAAGUCUUUGGAGCUUUGAAAGGUGCAGUUGAUGGUGGCCUGUCUAUUCCACACAGCACUAAACGAUUCCCUGGUUAUGAUUCUGAGAGCAAGGAGUUCAAUCCUGAAGUUCAUCGUAAGCAUAUCUUUGGGUUGAAUAUAGCAGAGUAUAUGCGCUACCUGAUAGAUGAGGACGAAGAUGUCUACAAGAAGCAAUUUUCUCAGUACAUCAAACAUGGAAUCACAGCUGACAUGAUUGAGGAUUUGUACAAGAAAGCUCAUGCUGCUAUUCGAGAAAAUCCUAUUCAUGAGAAGAAGCCCAAGAAAGAAGUCAAGAAAAAGAGGUGGAACCGCCCCAAGAUGUCUUUGCAACAGAGAAAGGAUCGUAUUGCUCAAAAGAAGGCCAGCUUCCUAAGGGCACAAGAACAAUCUGCAGACAGUUGAAGGGUGCUUUCAGCAAUUGUUUUAAAAAAUCAUCUGAAUUCACAUUAACUAAAAUAAAUUUUAAAAAAAUU